CAGCCAGCCAGACAGACAGGCCGAGUGAGUGGGUGGGACCCUGCGAUUCUCUGCAGCUCUGCAAAUUCUAGGUCUCGCGAUCCUCUCCUCUUUCAGGCCCUUUUGCUGCACGCUCACCACCAACUCGAGCAUAUUCUUGCACGUGAGCGACUGAAGACAGUUCCGUCUGUCGCCGAACCAUGGCUCCGACAACAAAGUCUCGCCAGCGGCAGUUCGCUGACCUCCAGGAUCGGCCGGUCAAAGACAUCGACCCCGAGAACGAGGCUCUGCCCCCGAGCGACAGCGACUCUGGCGACAGCGACGCCGAAAAGGCCGAGACCAAGGCGGCGACCGACCACUAUGUCUCGGUCGGCAAGAGCAAGCUCCGCGCGGGCAAGGACAGCACCGCCGCCCUGGGCCCGCAGUACCGCGGCGCGCGGGUGAGCCGUGCCGAUCUCGAGGCCGCCAGCGAAGAGGACGAAGAGGAGGAGGAGGAGGAGGAGGACAACUUUGAGGACGCGCGCGAGGAGCUCGGCUCUGGCGGAUCCUCCUCUGGGAGCGGAUCCGGGGACGAAGUCUUUGACGACCCGGAGACUGCGGAUCUCGAGGCCGAUCAGGACGACCGGGAUGUCGAGAUUGACAGCGACGAUGCCUUUGGGGAGAGCGACGAGGAGCGCUUCAAGGACUUCACGUUCCGGGGGUCAUCGAAGGUCCUUCCGGGAGGCAAGGGGAAGAGGGUGCCCCGAGCUACGGCCGCGGACUUUCUGGGGUCUGAUGAAGAGGGUGAGGAAGAAUCUGAGGAUGGGGAGGGCGACUCGCUGAAUGACUCGGACGGCGAAUCUCUGGAUGGGGAGGAAGGGGACUCGGACGAUGAGAUGGUUGAUGAGGAAAGGAGGAAUCUCAUUGAUGACGAAGCGGAAGAGUCCGAUGAGGAAGAGGAGGAGGAUGGCGAUCUUGAUGGAUUCAUCGUUGACAGUGACGAAGACGACGAGGAUGAAGAUGAAGAUGGGGAGUCUGGCGAGGACGAGGACGACGAUGACGAUGAGGACAUGGACGAGGAAGAGGAGGAGGAGCGCAAGCCCAGCAGAAACGCGGUCGCCGACCGCAGCGACAUUGCCGCCCUGGUCGCGGCCGGCAACAAAUCCGUCACCGUGUCUCUCUCUGAAGGCCAGCAGAAAGACAUUGCAAAGGGCAACGCAAUCCGGCAGCAGCGCAAGGCCUUUGAUGCCCUGCUCAACGUGCGCAUCCGUCUGCAGAAGUCCCUCGUCGCCAUCAACACCCUCAACAUUGCGGCAGAGGGCGCGGACGCGGAGGACACGAACGAGCCUCCCUACGAGGCUGCCGAGGCUGCUGCACUCAAGCUCUGGAAUGCCAUUGACAGCUUCCGCUCCAAUCUGCCAGGAGCGGCGUCAUCAUCUUCGACAGCGUCCAAGAAGCGCAAGCGCAGCGCGGCCGCCACCCCGGAGACCCCCAGCCAGCAGAUCUGGGAGAGCAUCGAGGCUGCCGAGCAGCGGGCGGCUCCUCGCCGCCGCGCGGUGCUACAGAACUGGUCGCAGAAGGCCAACAACAUCCGCACCGUGGACCGGUCGUCGGCGCGCAAGUUCAGCACCGCGGCCGAGAAGACGCUGGUGGCACGGCUCGACGAGGAGAUGGAGGCGCCCGAGCGCCUCAUCAAGCGCACACGCACGCCGCGAUCGUGUGCUCCCGCCCAGGUGGCGCGCAAGGUCAACGAGGAUGUGCACAUUUACGACGAUGCCGACUUCUACCAGCUCCUGCUCAAGGAGCUCGUGGACCAGCGCACCGCUGACACUUCAGCCGGUGGUGCCGCGGGCUCCGCGGCGGCGACGAUACGUUUCGCCGCGGUCAGGGAGGCCAAGGCCAAGAAGCAUGUCGACACAAAGGCCAGCAAGGGCCGCAAGAUGCGGUUCAAUGUUCACGACAAGCUGCAGAACUUUAUGGCCCCGGAGGACCGGCGCAGCUGGGAGCAGAGCGCGAUCGACCGUCUCUUUGGCACGCUGUUUGGACAGAAGAUGGCGCUCAAUGAGGACGAUAUCUCUGAAGACGAUGAGAUGGACGGUGGCGUGGAUGCCGAGGAGGCAGGCCUGCGGCUGUUCAGGAGCUGAUAUCUUUGUCCAUACUCGCAUAGCAUAAGCCACUAAGGGUUGAUGGAGAGAAUACACCAAUAGAUUGAUACCACGAACAAAAG